AUGGCGGAUCUAAGUAAUAUCUUAGCUGCUCUCGCUGCACAGAGACAAGGUGGCGCACCCUCACAAGCACCUCCUCCGCCUCUUCCAGGCGCUCCUUACCCUCCACCUCAGUACGCUGCUCCUCCUGGUAGCGCGCCGCCGUACGGACUUCCUCAGCCUAUCAACUCCGGCAGUGUUGACCUUGCGAGCAUAAAACCCGUCAGUUCGGGCUCUGUCAGCAUUGCUGAUGCCAUUGCCAAAGCCCGAGGCAUUGCUGCGGAAAAGGGUCUUUCAUAUGAUCCAAGCAGACCCCCGAUCAACAUAGACUCUCGCUCAGCCAACAGAGGUUAUAGACGCUCGCGAUCACCUUCCCGUUCACCUCCACGAAUGAGCAGAGAAGGCUAUCGUGACAACUACAAUCCUUACCGUGAUGAGAGACGUGGUAAUGAGAGAGGUUUCACCAGAGAACGCUCAUUUUCACCUCGAGGCGGACUGUAUUCCCCUAGAUAUCGAGAUGAUAGGUCACCUGGGCAGGAUCGCGGUGCCGGUGCCGGUGCCUCUACUGGUGCUGAAGGCGAAUCUGAGAUCAUUCCAUUAGAUAAAAGCCUCGUGGGUUUGAUAAUUGGACGCUCUGGGGAGAACCUAAGAAGAGUCGAGAGUACCACAGGAGCUCGUGUACAAUUCAUGGAUGGCCCUGAAGUGGCUGGCACGCAAAGACAUUGCCGGAUCUCCGGUGGGCGAUCAUCAAGAGCAGCGGCCAAGACUGAGAUUUUCAAAAUCAUCGAGGACAACGAGGCGGCAAAAAGAGGCGGGGACAAAUCACGGAACCAAAGCAACAAAGCUGUGGUUCUUCCGACCAAGGAAGGUGAUAGUCUACAGUUGCUUGUACCCGACCGUACAGUGGGCUUGAUCAUUGGAAGGGGUGGGGAGACAAUUCGAGAUUUGCAAGAUCGAAGUGGAUGUCAUGUCAACAUCGUGGGUGAAAACAAGAGUAUCAACGGCAUGCGGCCAGUCAAUCUGAUUGGCAGCCCUUCUGCUCAGCAAUAUGCUCGGGAUCUCAUUCUUGAAAUUGUUGAAAGUGAUCAAAAGGGGAUCAGUGUCAAAGACCUUCAUCGUGACCGUGAAGAUAUACAUGGCAAGAUUAACGAUGCUAUUGUUGUCCCCGGUGAGGCCGUUGGCAUGAUAAUCGGGAAAGGGGGUGAGUCGAUUCGCGAAAUGCAAAAUCAGACAGGAUGCAAGAUCAAUGUGUCUACGGCCACAGGACGUGACAUCGAACGUGAGAUUGGUUUGAUAGGUACACGCCAUGCUAUCGAUGCGGCAAAACGUGCCAUCAUGGAAAAGGUCGACACAGUUCGUGCUCGAUCACAGGCUCGAGAAACCCGCGAUGACUAUACCGACCAUUACGCAGGACAACAGCAGCAGCAGCAACAGCAACAGCCUCCUCCCGGAUACCCUCCUGCCGCAGCUCCCGCCGUUCAACUUGGUGGGCCACCACCGCCAGCUGGUGCAGCAGAUCCAUAUGCAGCAUAUGGCGGAUAUCAGAAUUAUCUGUCCAUGUGGUAUGCAGCUAUGGCAGCUCAACAGCAAGGUGGUCAAGGUCAAGGUGAGCAACGAUAA